AUGCCAUGUCUCACCGUCUGGACACCGGCCUGUUCAGCUCUUAGAAGACGAUGUACUACUGCUGUAUCGUCUUCUUUCCUGCCAGUGCCUCGUCGUCGAUGCAGCCACUCCAGGGGCAUUCGAGAGGUCCCCAUCCUCCCAUCAUGGGAUACGACCGUGUUUGAACAGGCCUACACGCAGAACCUGCCAGCACGUCUCCCUCGCUCCAGAGAGCACCUCCCUCCGGCCUGCAGGAAAUGGUUCAUCCACGACGACAAUGUGGACUUUAAUCUUUUCGGCUCUUCUUCCACCACCGUCGUCGACGGAGGUGCUGAGAAAGCUCGUCCCGGCAGCGAUGAGAUCAACGUCCCUCACUCGUCUGAACUGCGGACUUCAUUCUGGUCGGAGCAUGCAUCCACCUUUGUGCCCUUGGAGAUAACCACCAAGAAUGCUUCUUCCGCUGCUCUUCGUCAGAGCAGCAUUCCGGGGGAGGAGAGCGAAGGAUUCGAACGCGUCGAGGCGCCCUUGGAGAUCCUGAUCGCGUAUCUCUCCAAGCAGCCACAAGAUAUGUCAAUCUACCUCGCACAGUGUGAUCUGUCCUCCCUUCCGGAAUCAAUGCAAUCCGAUGUCCCCAUCCCCAGGCUGCUGCACGCCUCUUCCUCCUCCUCCGGCACAAUAAUCAAAGGCGACAUCUACGCUUCGUCCCUCUGGCUCGGUCGCCCGCCAACCUACACGCCGUUACACCGCGACCCGAACCCGAACCUGUUCAUCCAGCUGGCUGGCCACAAGACCAUUCGUCUCCUGCCGCCCCACAUCGGCGACGCAUUAUAUCACGAGGUCACCACGAGGCUAUUUCCGACCACCCCGAACUCGUUCUCCACCACCAUCAGAGGCGAAGAGAUGAUGGUUGGACCACAGAAAGUGGCGCUCCACGAUGCCAUCUGGAACCAGUCGAGCAUCUAUGGCGAACUUGUCCGGUCCCAUGGCCUGGAGACGACGCUUGCCCUCGGCGAUGCGCUGUUCACGCCCAGAGGGUGGUGGCACAGUGUCAAGGGAGUUGGCGAAGGCGUCACCGCGAGCAUCAAUUGGUGGUUUCGGUGA